AUGAAGCUCUCCAACUACCUCGGUACAACCCUCCUUGUACUCGCCAGCGGCGCGUUUGCCCAGCGUGGUCGUACCGGUCCUGCCUACCAUCUUGAGAGGCGAGGUGAACCUCCUUACCAACCCCGUGCUGUACUUCCUGGGGACUUCGCUCCCAGGAGGACCGGGAGAAACGCUGCUCAGCGUGGCUCUUUUUGGCCAGCCAGGCGUCGCGGCAAGGGCCGAGCCUCUCACUAUCGACGCGCUGUACCUCCUGGCAAACCCGGCCCCAAGGGAGCAAAGGCACCCAGCCCCAAGAGAGGAAAGGCACCUGUCCACAAUAAAGGAAAGCCGCCUGUCCGCAAUAGACAAAAGGCAAUGUCCAGUGCGCCAGGCAACACUGGCACUCCUGAGAGUUCGCAUGCGCUGAUGAUAAAAAGUGCAAUCAAGAAGGCCACAAAUGUGGGACACAUGAUACAAUUCCUGGACAAGCCGAUUGCCAAUUGA